AAAGCAGGUUCUUAGCCUGAGUAGCUGCUCUCAUGUGUCAUGUAAACUCAUGUCCUUUCUGCUGGGCCCUGUAAGUUUAAAGAUUUGGCAACAGGUCUUAGGAAAACCACCUGCUCAACCUGGAGAAGAGAGACUAAAGUGGGAGGCAAAGACGACACACUCAGCCUUCUGGGAGCUGGAAAAUCCUGGUCACAGCUGCUGCAUACAGCUCUAAUUAAAAACAUGUCUGUUCCCCAGAGAGGAACUGAGAUUAAGUGUGCGUUUAAACUCUCCUGAUGCUGCGCAGUCCUCCGGAAGCCCUCAGCAGCCAGCAGCAGCUGAGACAGCGUUCCUGAGGAACCUCCUUUGUGCCUCACGCUGUAUGUGAUUGAACUUGAGAUGAUGAAAAGUCCAUUUGGAGAUGUUCGUGACAUUGUGAGGCGCAGCACCUGACUUUUCCAGCUGGUCAUGAGUCGGUGGCGUCGUUCCGUGGAUGAGCUGGCGGCAGCGCGGCAGCAGAGUGAGUGUCAGCGCGCCCAGGACUCCCUGAGCCGGGUUACUUCGUGUUUCCAGCAGCUGGUGUCGUCUCUGGGCAGCUCUGCGGACAACAGCUUUCUCCGGGAUGAGAUAGAGGACGCCAGGGUGCUCGCUCAUCGCAUCUGCUCCGGUCUGUCCCGCCGUCUACUGCAUCUGCUGUCAGAGUGUAACCCCGCUCCUUCAGGCGUCCAGGACACACAGGGGUCAGAACGUCUUUGGGUUCUCUUCCUGUCAGCAGUGGAGAACUUCCUCUCUGACCUUCGGAAGGCCAGUGACCUGACAGAACAGUUUCCUCUAACUCAGCGCUCCAGCAGACGUGCACUGAUAAACACAGGAUGUGUGGAUGGGAUGGUGGGCUUAGCAGCUCGCGUGGCUCUGGUUCAGGUACCGUGGCUCAUCUUAGAGGAGGAGCCGAGUCCUGAUCUGACCAAUCACAUCACGGGCCUGGAAACGAUGCUUGGAGAAAUGCAGACGAAGAUUCCCAUUGCAUUCUGGUCUGUGGAGGCGACCCAGCCAGCUUGGGCCGAAGCUCAGAGUGAGUUUGUGGAUCCAGAUGACAGUCUGGAGGACCUGAUGGAGGUGGAGGUUGUUUCCAGCGGCAAGGACGGAUCCAGCUGCUGUGCACUGGGCUGCAUCAGGCGCUGACACGUCUCUGCAGCACUGAUGAUCUGCAGAUUUAUAGAAUAGUCCAUCUGAAAUAAACCAUUCCUGUCAUCCGUUUUAA